GCGGACGCGGACGUAGAUGCGCCAGUCCUGUCUGACGACGCCGCGAUGAACGCGGCCGAAACCAUCACGCUCGAGUUUUUGCAGGACCUCCUGGGCGGCGGAGACCCUCCGGUCACCGUCACCAGCUUCCAGGUGCGGUCGGGCGCGGGCACGGGCGACAACUACACGUCGACGCUGUACCGCGUGAGCGUGCGCGGCACGGUGGGCGGGGCGCCGUGGCGGCGCUCCCUCAUGUGCAAGUGCCUGCCCGCCGACCCGGAGCAGCGGCAGGUCUUCAAGUCGGACCUGCUCUUCCGCAACGAGGUCGCCUUCUACACUGAGGCGCUGCCCGCGCUCCUGGAGUUCCAGCGCGAGGCGGGCGGCGGCGGCGCGUGGCGCGGCGUGGCGCGCUGCCUGCUGGCGCGGGGGGACCUGCUGGUGCUGGAGGACCUGGCGGAGCGCGGCUUUCGCAUGGCGGACCGCCGCCGCGGCCUGGACGCCGCGCACUGCGGCGCCGCGCUGCGCCAGCUGGCGCGCCUGCACGGGCUCGCGCUCGCCAUGAAGCGCCGCCGCCCCCAGCGCUUCCGGCAGCGCGUCGCCGGCGCCCUCGCGGAGACCUUCUUCGUCGCCGACAACAGCGCCUGGUACCGCGAGUACUACCGCUCCGCCGCCGACAACGCCGUUGCCAUGGUGGGCAAGUUCCUGGCGGAGGAGGACGGGGAGGCGGGCGCGCGCUACCUGCAGAGGCUGCGCGACUUCGCCUGCGACGGCGACUUCUUCGGCCGCAUGGUGGCGCUGGUGCAGCCGCGCGAGCCGCUGGCCGUGCUCUGCCACGGCGACUGCUGGACCAACAACCUGCUCUUCCGGUACGGCGACGACGGCGCCAUUGUCGAGGUGUGCCUGAUCGACUUCCAGAUAGCGCGGUACGCGUCGCCCGCGCUGGACAUCAGCAACCUGCUGUACGUGUGCACCACGCCAGAGAUGCGCGCGCAGCACGGCCGCCAACUGCUGCGCGACUACCACAGCUCGCUGGUCGACACUCUGCGGGGGCUCGGCUGCGAACAGCCCUCCGCUGAAGAACUCUGGGACAUGCUCGAGGUGGAGAUGCGAGACUGCGGCCGCUUCGGUCUGGGCCUCGCGCUGGACAUGCUGCCUAUCACGACGUGCGAGACUGGAGAAAUGCCCCGGCUGCGAGAGGGCGGCGAUUCUGGAGCUGGUGUCGGCCCAGCCUGGAGCUACCAGUGCACCGAGGAGUGCGCGAGGCGCAUGGCGGGGCUCGUCAAGGAGCUGGUGGACAGUGGUCAACUGUAGCGGUGUCUGGGACGCCGCGCACCCCUCUCCAGUACAGGCGGCAUCGAGAACUCGCUACCCACCGGCAAAGUGCUCAGCUGCUUGCGGCCAUCUGGAGCGUGCCCUCUGUCUGAGAGCAGCUGCUCUUCGGGCACACAUCCGCUGGCGACUAUUGACUUCUAAAGCCAUACAUUUUAUUAUUAUUCAAGUGUGGGUCCUGCUGGACCACACAAUGUAUACUACAAAGGUCAUUACAGAAUUUUACUUCAGCCCUUCUUUUUACCUCCACUUUUUCAGAAUGCGCUAUUUCCCUAUCCUCUAAGUAAUUCUGGUCUUCUUGGGUUCUUCUGCCUGGUACAAAGCCGAGUCCUGAAAUUAUUCCGUAUUGCGUUUUCUGUUUUAUUGUCUCUGAAUCAAGGUCAUCUAUUUAUUCUACUUUUUAUUUAUUUUUAUUUAU